CCCGCUUUCUUCCUCUUUGGGCCUUUGUUUCACUGCACCUGAUUGAGCUACUUGUGCUCUGAUUUGUUGAUUACUUAUAGACGCCAGGUGUCCGUUUCUGAUUCGCCCUUUCUGGCGGCAAUGGGGCACAAAACAAGCAACAACAAGUUGAAGCUUGUGUGGAAUCAUGUUCUCAAAGUCAGCAUUCUCAGCAUCGCCUUGAACGGCGUCAUUUUGAGCAGAGGCACCGAGGCGAUGAACCUCCUGGCAAAUGUAGUACCGAGGCCCAGCAGAAUCCUCUAAUCCAACGUGAAAGUUUGCUCGUCGUCAUGGCGCCGCUAUCAGCAUCAGUGUAUGCGCGGAAGAAGAAAGAUAAACGAGCAAGUGGCAAGCCAGUUGCGAAGAAGCGACCCGGCCCAAAGUCUAAAGGAGCUCCUAAAGAAGCAGCGGAUGCCGCGCCAGCUGGGCAGAAAAGGAAGCGCCCAACAGAGAUAGUACCCAGUGCUUCAAAACGAGCACGGAAAGCGGGUGGCAGGGGAGAAGAUGCAUCCUCUAUUUUGGAGAAGAAGCAGAGAGUUGCUAAGAAAAGGGAUCAAGCUGCCAAAUCAGAGGAGAAGAAAGUGAGGGCGGCAAAGAAGGAGGAUCAGACGGUGGCUGCCAGUGAGAAGAACAAGGUCAAGGUGUCUGUAUCCUCUGCAUUGCAACGGGGGAAGAAGCCGGCAAGGGCUGGAAAGACGGCGGACGUAGAAUCAGCGCGUUCGAAAGGUAAAGGGACAGGUUUGGGUGAAGAUGGAAAGAGUGCAGCGGGCCAGGGCGUCAAGCGGAGACCCGGGCGGCCGGAGCAAAGCAAGGGAGGGGAUGAGCCAAAUGGUGGGGAAGAGGUGGCGGUCAAACGAGGACGUGGGCGGCCAAAGAAAAGUAAGGAGACGGAGGAGGAGAGCGGUGCACAAGAAACAGCUGUCAAAAGGGGCCGAGGCCGGCCAAAAGGAAGCAAGAACAAGGAUAAGGGGAGCAAUGCACAGGAAAGAGCUGUCAAAAGGAACCGUGGGCAGCCGGAUAAAAGCAAGAAGCCGGACAAGCCAAGCGGGUCACAGGAAGCUGUCAAAAGGGGUCGGGGGAGGCCAAAGAAAGCCGAGGCAGAGGAGAAUGCAGGCUCUGAUCCAAAAGGCAAAAGUGGUCAGAAGGGUGGAGCAAAGAAAGCGCCGCCGCCCAGAGCAAAGUACCUUGACCGGCUGGAGUUCGACGGCACCCUGUUCGAAGCGGGCGACUUUGUCUACAUCAAAAAGACUGACGGGGACAAAGAAGAGUCUGACGAAGAGCUUGAGGAGUGCCGGGUCUGUGGGAACUGCCCGCAGGAGGGGGAGGACAUGCUGGAGUGCGACACCUGUCUUGGGGGUUUCCACUUGGGGUGUUUGGACCCCCCCUUGGAGGAGGUUCCGGAGGGGGACUGGAAUUGUCCGGCGUGCUGUGGGGCAGAAUGUGGGGACUGGGUGACCAGGACGAGGCAACGGCGGCGCACGCUGAGGGAGCGGUAUCUUGCGGGAGAGUUGUACAUGGCAAGGAUAAACAUGAUGUGGCAGGAGCCCAACGGCGACUAUUACUUCCGGGGAAACUGGUUGGACAUUCCAGAGGAAACGCACAUGGGCAGGCGUGAGCAUAACCACCGGCGGGAGGUCUUCUUGUCGACUCUGGAGGACGAUGUUUCGAUGGACUCCAUUAUCCGGCAUGCGUGGGUGUACCCGCGAGAGCGCUUCGAGCAGGCGGCCAACGAGGGUGAUGACGUGUACCUGCUCGAGUAUGGGUACUGCCCACGAACGCAGCGCUACAAGCGGAUCGACGACAUUGUGGAUGACGGGCGGGGCUGGAAUUACGAGGUCAGCGACGAGGAUGGCGACUUUCGGCCGUCGAAAGACGAGGGCGGCAGUGCGGACGAGGAAUUCAGUGCGGAAGAAGAAGAGGAGAACGGAGGGAAGGAGGGCCCAAGGAGGCGGAGAGCGGCCGGAACCAAACGGAAACGGAAGGAAAGGACGGAACCGACUUCCAGGACGCAGAACGCGCGGCGGCAACGGCUGGAAGCGCUGGCGCAACUAGGCGCGAAGGAGAUCCCGGCCGCGGCGCGCAAGCGCAAGCUGACCCGGCUGGAGGCCGCACAGGAGGCGCUGACGUUGGCGGCACUGCCGAAGAAGCUGUCGUGCCGGGACAAGGAGCGUCAGCAGGUGACGUCAUUCGUGGAGGAGGCCGUGUCGGCUGGCGCCGACUGCCUCGGGAGUUGUCUGUACAUCAGCGGAGUGCCGGGGACGGGCAAGACGGCCACGGUGCUCGAGGUGAUGCGCGGUCUGCGGCGGAAGGUCGAGGCCAAAGAGCUGCCGCCGUUCCAGUUCGUCGAGAUCAACGCGCUGCGAGUACCCUCCCCGGCACACGUCUACACCGCGCUGCACGAGGCCCUGACCGGCGAGCACCUCGGCCCCAAGGCCGCCCUGGAGCGCCUCCAGCAGCGCUUCGAGGGGGCGCCACGUGGCAGGCCUGGAUUGGUCCGCCGCCCGCUCGUGGUUUUGGUCGACGAAUUGGACCUGCUCGUGACGCGCAACCAGUCCGUGCUGUACAACAUCUUCGACUGGCCCACGCUGCCGCACUCGCAGCUGAUCGUCAUUGGCACUGCAAACACGAUCGGCCUUCCGGAGCGGAUCGCGCGCCGCGUGGGUCUGCAGCAAGCGCCUUUUCGCAUUGCGAACACGAUCGACCUCCCCGAACGAAUGCUCCCCCGCAUCGCAAGCCGCAUGGGCCUGCGGCGCGUGGCGUUCAACCCGUACACGCGCGAGCAGCUGCAGGAGAUCGUCGCCGACCGGCUGACCGGAAUUCCGGCGUUCCGGUCGGAAGCCAUCGAGCUGGCGUCGCGGAAGGUCGCCUCCGCCUCGGGCGACGUCCGCCGCGCGCUCGAGCUCUGCCGCCGGGCCGCCGAGCUCGCUGCCGCACGCCAAAAAGAAGCGCAGACGUUAGCGGCUGACGUCACGGCCACUUCUGGUCCAAGUCCCGGUUCCGGUUCCGGUUCCGGUGCGGGACCGAGCUCCGCCGGAAAGGAAACGGAGGACGUUUUGGUGGAGCUGGGAGACGUGGACGCGGCCGUGAGGGAGAUGUUUGACUCGCCGCACAUCAAGAGCAUUGAAAGGCUGUCGCGGCACGAGCAGAUCCUGCUGCUGGCCCUAGUCAUGAUUUCAAGGCGUACCGGCAUUGCCGAGACCACCUUCGAGACGGUGGCGGGCGCCCACAUCGACAUGUGCCGGAGCCACGGGGAGCUGCCGCCGAGCCAUGCGAACCUCGCAGAGAUAGUGAGUCGGCUGGGUUCCAGUCACGUGCUCAUCUGCGAACCGGGCCAUAGGCACCGGCUCCGAAAGAUUGAAUUGAACGUGCCCAGCGACGAUGUCACCUUCGCUUUGAAGAGAAACGCCCAAGUGACGUGGCUACAGAAGCUAGCCGAGCAAAGGAGCUGACGUGGCUAGAUAGUGGACACGAAAAGGUGUCGGGCGAUGAAGCCUUGAGGCGUAAAUGCAUUUUCGCGUCGGGAAUGCUCACGUCCUCGAACCAUUUCAGCAGCCCAAGUAAAGGCACAUAGUUGACGAUUGAGUGGUACCAUCUGUUCCUUUGGCAUUUACGUGAUGCAAGUGAGAGAUGGCAAUGUUUGCCAAG